CCCUUUGUGCCGCACAUCCCCUUUGAUUUCUAUGUCUGCGAAAUGGCGUUCCCUCGCGUCAAACCCGCCGCUGAUGAGACCGCGUUCAGCGAAGCCUUGCUGAAGAGAAACCAGGAUCUUGCUCCAACCGCCGCCGAACAGGCUUCCAUUCUGUCUCUGGUGACCAAAAUAAACAACGUGAUCGACAAUUUAAUCGUAGCACCAGGAACGUUUGAAGUGCAAAUCGAGGAGGUUCGCCAGGUGGGUUCCUACAAGAAGGGCACCAUGACAACGGGGCACAACGUGGCCGAUCUGGUUGUGAUUUUGAAAAUCUUACCGACCCUGGAAGCCGUGGCAGCCCUGGGAAACAAAGUCGUGGAAAGUCUGAGAGCACAGGACCCCAGCGAAGUCCUCACCAUGCUGACCAAUGAGACCGGCUUCGAGAUCAGCUCAGCCGACGCAACGGUGAAGAUCCUCAUCACCACGGUGCCGCCCAAUCUCCGCAAGCUGGACCCUGAACUGCACUUGGACAUCAAAGUGCUCCAAAGCGCCCUGGCCGCCAUCAGGCACGCUCGCUGGUUUGAGGAGAAUGCUUCGCAGUCCACGGUGAAGGUCCUCAUCCGCCUGCUGAAAGAUCUGCGAAUUCGAUUCCCCGGCUUUGAGCCCCUCACGCCCUGGAUUCUGGACCUGCUGGGGCACUACGCCGUGAUGAACAACCCCACCAGGCAGCCGCUGGCGCUCAACAUCGCCUACAGGCGCUGCCUUCAGAUCCUGGCCGCGGGGCUCUUCCUCCCCGGCUCCGUCGGGAUCACUGAUCCCUGCGAGAGCGGAAAUUUCCGAGUCCACACGGUGAUGACCCUGGAGCA